AGCUUGCCUCUUCACUACUGCUGCCUGCCUCUAUAUCUUCCUGUAUAGCGCUGCUGAACAAGAAAAGACUCGCUCUACCUACGCGCAAAGCCUCUAGUACCUGCGGAUCACGAAGCCAAUAUCUCGGCCCUCGCGUGACAUCGCAAACAUGCCUACCCCCAUCGACCGUGCGGUCAGCCAACGUGGCCCUUUUCUCGCCUUCGCCGCGAUCGUUACCGGCGUCGCCGCCUGGAGUAUUUGGGGCGAAGACCUUUUUCCCAGCCAGGAUCCGAAAGGAGACCCGGAAACUUGGACGCAUGAGCAGUGUGUGACGUGGCUGAAGAAGCGCAAUCUCCACCCCUCCCCCCUCGCCACGACACCAGAACUUCUCGAGCGCAUCAAGGCCAACAUGCGCAUUGCUAAGAGCGGACCGUGAAGGAUCUGUGGCCCCUACCAGCGCUACGGUGUCUCUGACUAGUUGUUGAGCUAUUUUGGAAGCGAGCAUGAAACGGCGCACGAGGAUUCAAAUUGAUACCCUACUGUACACGAACAUCGUGUCCUUCACUAAGCAUGUUUCAGUAGUAAUUCUAAGCCUGUCGU